AUAGCGCGUCAUCCCAAACAAUUCGAAAAAUCGGCGUCCGUCUCCCUCCACAGUCCACAGUCCAAACUCCACAGUCACACAAGCUUCUGAACUCGUUCUGCAUCUUUCAUUUCGAACUUCCGGGCUCAGCUCAGCGAUUCAUGGCUUUCUAACUCGGAAACCCCUGAAGUGAGCCUUUUCCAAACGCCGGCUUCAUUUCCCGCUGUCCAUUCUCCUUCAAGGACCUCCUCGGCACCUGCUAGGGUUUCUCGUUUGAGAUUCAAGAGGGGGAAAUGUACGUCAAGGAGGUAUGCUUGGAGGGGUUCAAAUCUUAUGCCACCAGGACGGUGGUAAAGGGUUUCGAUCCGUUCUUCAAUGCUAUCACUGGGCUCAACGGUUCUGGCAAAUCGAACAUCCUCGAUUCAAUUUGCUUCGUGCUGGGAAUUACCAAUUUGCAGCAGGUUCGUGCUUCCAACCUCCAGGAGCUCGUCUACAAGCAAGGUCAAGCAGGAAUUACGAAGGCCACGGUCUCUGUUGUGUUCGAUAACUCGGAUCGGAGCAGGAGUCCUCUUGGAUACGAAGACCAUUCCGAAAUCACUGUUACUAGACAGAUUGUGGUUGGAGGAAGGAACAAGUAUCUUAUAAAUGGGAAGCUUGCUCAACCUAGUCAAGUCCAGAACUUAUUCCAUUCAGUGCAGCUGAAUGUCAACAAUCCACAUUUUCUCAUUAUGCAAGGCCGCAUUACGAAGGUCUUAAAUAUGAAACCUCCGGAGAUCUUAUCUAUGCUUGAGGAGGCUGCUGGAACAAGAAUGUACGAGACAAAGAAGGAGUCUGCAUUGAAAACGCUUGAGAAGAAGCAGGGCAAGGUUGAUGAGAUUAAUAAGCUUCUUGACCAUGAAAUACUACCUGCUUUGGAGAAGUUGAGGAAGGAACGACUGCAGUAUAUGCAAUGGGCUAAUGGCAACGCGGAAUUGGAUCGGCUGAAGAGGUUCUGUAUUGCCUAUGAGUAUGUUCAAGCUGAGAGGAUAAGAGACACUGCAGUUGGUGAGGUGGAGGAAAUCAAAGGGAAGAUUAGAGAGAUUGACGAGAAUACUGAAAAGAUGCAAGUUGAGAUAAAGGAUAUGGAGACUGAGGUGUCGAAAUUGACAGCUGAAAAAGAAGCCCGAAUGGGGGGAGAAGUAAAAGUCUUGUCGGAUAAAGUUGAUGCGCUCUCUCAGGACCUUGUACGCGAGGUGUCUGUGUUGAGUAAUAAAGAGGAUACUCUUCAGGGGGAAAGGCAAAAUGCUGAAAAGAUUGUCCACAAUAUUGAAGACCUGAAGCAGUCCAUAGAAGAUAAAGCCACUGCUGUGAAAAGAUGCGAAGAUGGAGCAGCUGAUGUCAAGCAGAGGGCUGGGCAACUUUCAAAGAGCUUGGAAGAGUACGAGAAAGAAUACCAAGGUGUGCUAGCUGGCAAGAGCAGUGGGAAUGAAGAGAAAUGCCUUGAAGAUCAAUUAAGUGAAGCUAAAGGUGCUGUUGGCAAUGCAGAAACAGAACUAAAGCAAUUAAAAACAAAAAUUAGCCAUUGUGAAAAGGAGCUCAAAGACAAAAGGAAGCAAUUGAAUUCAAAGCGUGAAGAAGCAGUUUCGGUGGAGAAUGAACUGAAUGCUAGGCAAAAAGAUCUGAAUAAUGUUAAAUCGGCAUUGGAAUCUCUUCCAUAUAGAGAGGGCCAGAUGGAAUCUCUAGAAAAGGAUCGUGCUUCCGAGAUGGAGCUAAUGCAGAAGCUAAAAGACGAAACAAGAGCUCGCUCAGCACACUUAUCAAACGUUCAGUUCACUUACCGUGAUCCGGUGAAAAACUUUGACCGGACCAAAGUUAAAGGGGUAGUAGCAAAGCUAAUUGAAGUGAAGGAUAGAUCAGCAAUGACUGCCUUAGAGGUUACUGCUGGUGGAAAGUUGUAUAAUGUAGUUGUCGACACUGAAAAUACUGGAAAGCAACUUCUUCAAAAUGGUGAACUUCGCAGAAGAGUAACAAUUAUUCCUCUAAAUAAAAUUCAAGCCCACCGAGUACCGCCAAGAGUUCAGCAGGCUGCUGCUAAGUUGGUCGGGAAAGAGAAUGCAGAAUUGGCACUUUCUUUAGUGGGUUAUGAUGAAGAAUUAAAGAAUGCUAUGGAAUAUGUGUUUGGAUCAACCUUUGUCUGCAAAACGACUGACGCUGCAAAGGAGGUUGCUUUUAGUCGAGAAAUUCGGACACCAAGUGUUACUCUAGAAGGCGACGUAUUUCAACCGAGUGGCCUUUUAACUGGUGGUAGCCGCAGAGGUGGCGGUGAUCUAUUAAGGCAACUUCAUGAAUUGGCAGAAGCUGAAUCAAAGCUUAGACUGCAUCAGGAAAGGUUGUCUGAGAUUGAUGCCAAGAUCAAGGAGCUCUUGCCUCUUUACAGAAAGUUCGUGGAUCUGAGGAAACAACUAGAGCUGAAGAUGUAUGAUCUUUCACUAUUUCAAGGGAGGGCUGAACAAAAUGAGCAUCAUAAGCUUGGUGAAUUGGUGAAGAAGAUUGAGCAAGAUCUUGACAAUGCAAAAGUUGCAGCAGAAGAAAAGCAAAACUUGUAUGAUCAGUGUGUCAGCUCUGUUGCACAGCUUGAGAAGUCAAUCAAGGAGCAUGACAAUAGUCGGGAAACAAGGCUAAAAGAUUUGGAGAAGAAGGUUAAGAAGACGAAGGCCCAAAUGCAGUCAGCUUCGAAGGAUCUCAAGGAGCAUGAACAUGAAAGAGAGAGGCUGGUUUUGGAACGUGAAGCAGUCAUCAAAGAACAGGCAUCAUUAGAGAGUCAAUUAGCCUCGCUGAAUGCACAAAUCAAUAGUCUUGGUGUUGACGUAGAAGAACAAAAAGCCAAGGUAGCAUCCAUACGCGUGAAUUGUGAUAGUGCUCAAUCUGAGCUUGAUUCUGUCCGCCUUACGAUGAAAGAGUGUGAUACCCAAAUUAGUAGCAUUGUCAAGGAACAGCAAAAGCGGCAUCACAAAAUUACUGAGAUCAAGCUUGAGCGAAAGAAGUUGGAAAAUGAGGUAAAAAGAAUGGAAAUGGAGCACAAGGAUUGCUCUACUAGAGUGGAGAAACUGCUGGAGAAGCAUGCUUGGAUUGCAACUGAGAAACAGUUAUUCGGAAGAAGUGGAACUGAUUAUGAUUUUGAAUCACGUGAUCCUCAUAGGGCUAGGGCGGAACUGGAGAAGUUAGAAGCAGAGCAAUCCGGUUUGGAGAAAAGGGUGAACAAGAAAGUAAUGGCAAUGUUUGAGAAAGCAGAGGAUGAAUACAAUGACUUGAUGUCCAAGAAAAACAUUAUCGAGACUGACAAAUCCAAAAUAACGAAAGUGAUCGAGGAGCUCGAUGAGAAGAAGAAAGAAACACUUAAAGUUACCUGGGUGAAAGUUAACAGGCAAGUUAUUGACUUUGGAUCCAUAUUCUCUACACUAUUACCGGGCACCAUGGCAAAGCUAGAACCACCAGAAGGUUGUAGCUUCUUAGAUGGUCUGGAGGUUCGAGUUGCAUUUGGCAGUGUAUGGAAACAGUCGUUGUCGGAACUUAGUGGAGGUCAACGAUCACUGUUAGCUCUGUCUUUAAUACUUGCACUUCUGCUCUUCAAGCCGGCUCCUCUCUACAUUCUUGAUGAGGUUGAUGCAGCACUGGAUCUGAGUCAUACCCAGAACAUUGGAAGAAUGAUUAAAACUCACUUCCCACACUCUCAGUUCAUUGUGGUUUCUCUGAAAGAAGGCAUGUUCAACAACGCCAAUGUUCUUUUCCGGACCAAGUUCGUGGAUGGAGUGUCCACUGUCCAGAGGACUGUUGCUGCUAAGCAAAGCAAAUGAUGUUCCCCAAUGUUCCCUAUAACUACAAGGGUUGGAGCUGCUGAAGAAGACAACUGGAGCUACACUUUCAGCAUCUUCUGUUAUGUAUGAUAUUGGUAGGGCAACUUGUAACGUACAGCUUGCCUACCCCUCUUUAGCUGGCUGUAGCCUGUAGACAAGCUCAGUUUUAAUGAGGGUGAGGACUUUUGGGAUGUGAAUAGAAUGAGCAUUGCUAGCUCAGCAAGUCAUUAGGUCGUUGAUGGAUUCUCAGAUACUGUAAUUCAUGAACAAUGUUGAAUUGUCAACAAAAGUUUGAUGAUUCGUAAUCGUAGCAGUCUGUGGAAGAACUCAUGAAUGCAUUGAAGCUCCACAGACAUGAGUUUGUGUUAUGUGGCCUGCAUUCUGUCUUGUCUCACAUAAAUCAAAAGGUUUGGAAUCGUAUGACAACUAACC